CGCGCCGCCGCCGCCGCACCGGAAGGAAGCGCGGCCUCCGGACCCGCCCGCCCGCCGGGCCAUGCUCCUGCGGCCGCUGCGGGGCUGGGUCUGCCGGGCGCUGCGCCCGGAGGGGCCCGGGAAGCCCGCCCGGAGCCCGGGGCAGCGGGGAGCACAGCGCCGGGCCUGGCCUCGGGGUAACGCGUCUCUGGAUAAAGAAAACGAGAAAGAGAAAAAGUCAGUGGUGUGUGUCGAGGGCAAUAUAGCCAGCGGGAAGACGACGUGCCUGGAGUUCUUCGCCAACACGACAGACAUCGAGGUGUUUCCGGAGCCUGUGUCCAAGUGGAGGAGUGUCCGUGGCCAUAACCCUCUGGGUCUGAUGUACCGGGAUGCCUGCCGAUGGGGCCUCACGCUGCAGACAUACGUGCAGCUCACCAUGCUGGACCAGCACACUCGUCCGCAGACGUCGCCUGUACGGUUAAUGGAGCGGUCGAUUCACAGCGCAAGAUACAUUUUUGUAGAAAACCUGUAUAGAAGCGGGAAGAUGCCCGAAGUGGACUACGUGAUUUUGUCGGAAUGGUUUGACUGGAUCGUGAGGAACAUCGAUGUGUCCGUGGAUUUGAUAGUUUACCUCCGGACCACUCCUGAGACCUGCUAUCAGAGGUUAAAGAUGAGAUGCAGGGACGAGGAGAAGGUCAUCCCGGUGGAGUACCUGGAUGCUAUUCACCAACUCUACGAGGAAUGGCUCAUCAAAGGGAGCCUUUUCCCUGCAGUGGCCCCUGUUCUGGGCAUCCGAAGGAACAUCAUCUGCUCUUCGGGGCGGGCGCACAGUGACGCCUUUAGGAGGCGUGAGGUGAUUGAGGCUGACCACGACAUGCAGAAGAUGUUAGAGCUCUUUGAACAAAACCGGGACCGGAUAUUAACUCCAGGGCAUCAGACACGUGGCCCAUAGGACAGGAGAGCAUGCCAGAGAAAUGCCCGCGGCUGCUUCGUGGAAAAUCUCCUCGGGAGGGCUUUGAGUCUGGCCAGAUGGGUUUCCUAAUGGUCUUUCUCCUGUGCGGAUGUCUUUCUCCUGUGCGGGUGUCUUUCUCCUGUGCGGGUGUCUCUCCUGUGCGGGUGUCUGGCCCUGGAGGGUAGGUGACGAAUGGGACCAGUGGGUUUGUCAUGCCCUUCGGUGUUCGCAGCCUUGCCGGGCCCCUCCAAUGAAGCGCUUAGGGAGGGCUCUCUGACCUCAUGAUGGUUUCUGGUCUCACCCCUCAGGCCACACAGGAGGGUGAGAGUGGUCUUACAUCCCAGGGUCGGAAGUUGAAGCUCAGAGAGGCUAAGGGAUUCCCCAAGGUGACUCAGCCAGGGGGUCGGCAUCAUCCAGCCUCUUGGCAAUUCCAGAACUGUGCCCCUGCCCCACGCUGCCUCGUCCUGAGAGCCCCGUCUGCCCCGGCUGGAGGCCCUCACUUCUGCGUGGCGAGAGCCAGCAGGGCAUGGGGCAGAUGUCAUCCUUUCUUUUUACGACCUUAGCAGCUCUCAGGACAGUCAGCAUUUCUAGACGUUCACAAAAUUGUGCAGUGCUUGGCCCAAGGCCAGCGUUCGGUGGUUCCUUGGCACAGGCCGCCGUGGCGUCUACCCUGGGCACCUGGGCUUCCAUCCCUGGGAGAACUCCGCGUUGGCUCUGAAUGGUGCUGGGUCUCCUGCUGAUGAGGGUCACGCUGCCAGUUCCCUCUCAGGGACGUGGCCUGUGGCCCCUGGCUGGUCUGCCCAGUGCCGAGCAGAGCCAGGGGACUCCAGCCCUGGCUUCCGAGGCCCCCUCACCCCAUAGUGGCCUUUUGUGCGACCGAGAGUUUGUUCCCGGGGGAGAGAGAUGCAAGGGGCCUUAAGGGGAUGCCUUCAGCCAUAAAUUGUGAAACAUCUUUAUUGUUCAGAAAAGAGCGUAGCUCGCUCAGCUGUCAGUGCAUUGGAGCACAGCUGCCUCCUGGGUCACGCGGAACAAGAGGGAGGAAGCACGUUCUCUGAGACGGCUGGGUGGGAAAGCGGGCUUGCAGGCAGAUUCUUGGAGCACUGGCGGGUGGAGGGGAGCCGAGGCCCCUAGAGCAAUGGCUGCAGACGCGGGGAGGGGCAGUUGUUAACUCGGGGGAGACAGGCCCGGACCCCUCCCUCCCUGAGAAGGGGUUGGUGUAAAGGAAGGUCUUUGUGGGUGUGGCACCCGGCACGAAAUGGGUGGCAGGGGUUCCCGGGGUCCAGUCCCAGAGGGAGGCUAAGGGGCAAGCACGCUGGCUUUUGGCCCUUCCUGUCUGGCCUGCUUCUCAGGCUGUGUGGGCAAGAGGAGGGGCCGCAGCCCAAAGGAUCGACUAGGAACCUGAGGAGCGGGAGCUGCUGCUACCAGGACCCUUGGCGUGCGGGGGCCAUCAGUGAGAGUUUGUAUGUGAUCGGUCCACAGCUUUCCCCACAGCUCAGUCUGAGCAUCUCGGACUGCCAGCCUCCUGGACUGGGAAAUAAAUUUCUGUUGUUUGUAAGCUA